GAUGGUUCCUCCGAGUGCGCCUGCUGAGGACGAAGCAGAGGAGGAGACAGCUCCAGAGGCUCCAGUGCCAUGCGUCACGUGUGACGAAUGCAACCACGACUGCUGUGCUCUCUGUCCCAGCAUUGAUGACAGUAAGUUAAUGUGGUCACGUUUGGGCAAAUGCCUGAUAGUGCAAGUACUGAUCGUCUUCGUGCUGGUGUUGCACUUAGCUCUUAGUUCGCAAAUCGUGGAUGAGAUUAGGAGGUAUGAGCCGCGAUCUUCCGACGAACUGUGCUCAAACCCUGCGUGCGACUGCACCAAAGCAAAUGGGACUGUUGAUAUCAAAUGCGGCUGUCAGCAUUACUUCCCCAAUAUCUCAAAAACGUUUGAGCUACCGUUCCCAGCAAUUAUCCCAGAAAACACGACCAUAUUGUACGUUUCAAAUUGUGACACUGUGAAAAUUGUCAAGAACGAGUUACGUGUGAAAAAUGUCUACUUUCCUACCUGGUUUGGAAUCCAGGAUGUAGACACGUUAAUAAUGGAUUCAACUGUAGCCCUCAUGGGCAGAAAUAUUAUCAUCGGCAAUGUGAGACACAUCCCAGAGUUUCCCAUUGGGAUCCUCCGUAUGGCCGUGAACGGCUGGGUUGAGUCGUUCACGCUAAGCAACGUAACCAAUGUUGAUGUGGUUCGUUACCAGGCCUUUAAUGCAAUUGAGAUGAGCACCAAGUUUGUAAUGAGCAACAUCACCUUCAGAGUCAUUGAAGAAAAUGCUUUCAACAUGACUCUUAUAAACAAACACCACUCUGGAUUAUUUGUUAUGGCUGGCUGUACAAUUGAUGAACUCAAAAGCACUUCCUUCAAAGUGACAGCAGAUUUAGUACAAGUGCUGGGAUGCCACUUUGAGCGGUUGCAGUCUGCAGUGUUUGAGCUUCAAGCUGGUUCAAUACUGUUCUCAAGCAACUUUUUCUCUAAGAGUGUGGAGAGCUUUGCAUUCAACAUUUCUGCCACGGAAACCCAUUUUUAUCAUAAUAUAUUCAAUGAAUUGCGUGUAGAUGCGUUUUUCGGUAUAACUGGUCUUGGUAAUAUAAAUUCAUUCAACUUCACUGGAAAUGCACUGAAGAUUGUCCACAAUGGCUCUCUAAACCCAAACAAAGCUGUCAGCAAAAAUGAUGCCUUGUUGGCCAACUCGUUCCUUAAUUGCACAAGCUCAAACAUCGGUUGGAUUUGGGAGGCUGCCUUUGGUUCUUACGUCUCCACCAACACCAAGGAAUACUACCAAAUGCUGUUAUCCCACGAAAACUGCAACAUUUGCUACAAUUAUCUUGAGGAUCCAGAGAGGCAGACGUGUUUCCUGGAAAACGUUACCAUGAUGUACGACCCACAAAACUUGGACAACAAAAUCAUGAAAUUCUUCAAUGGCUCAGUCAACAAUGAUAAAAUUUGUCAUUUCCUGAUCAAUUCGUCCAUCAUGCUGGAACCAACUGUGAUUCUAUUUGUGCAGAUUGUAUGCUUCUAUCUGGUUGCAUUUUUGAUUCAUUGAACUAUUAAUUGCAAGCCAUUGGCUGCCGUCAAUAUUAUGAACAUUUUAUUUUGAAAGUGAUUAAUAACUUUGUGAGUAAUUAUACAAAAUAGGUUAUUUUUAAGAGUAAAAGUAUAUUUCUUUUCAUUUGCUUUUUUACGUGGCUGUAACGAGUUUUCUCCUAAAUAAAUCACGAUUUAUAGCUGCGCAGUA